CCAAAAAUGAAGAUUGAGAUUUGCGCCUUCUCUGGAGCCAAGAUCUACCCUGGAAAGGGCAAGAUCUAUGUCCGUGUCGACAGCAGGUCCUUCCGUUUUGUCAACGGCAAGGCCGAGUCCCUGUUCUUGCAGCGCAAGAACCCUCGUAAGAUCUCCUGGACCGUUCUUUUCCGCCGUAUGCACAAGAAGGGUAUUUCUGAGGAGGUCGCUAAGAAGCGCACCCGCCGCACCGUCAAGCACCAGCGUGCCGUCGUUGGUGCCUCGUGGGAAGCCAUUCGCGCCAAGCGCAACCAGAAGCCCGAGGUCCGUGCUGCUGCCCGUGCCGCUGCCCUCCGUGACAGCAAGGAUAAGAAGAAGACUGAGGAUGCCAAGAAGAAGGCUGAAAAGGCCAAGAGCGCCUCCAGCGCUGCCCGCGGCCAGCCCAAGGUCUCCAAGCAGAGUGCCAAGGGUGCCAAGAUUGCCAUUGCCAACACCUCCCGCUAAAGUUGUUCCUGUUUUGUUUGAGUAAUUGAAUAAAUUCUCUUGCGAAGCUCCCUCAAGAAAAGAAAAACAGAGGCGAUGCCAACGCGUCCCUACAUAACAUGCAAUUUGCGAUAUUGAGCAUGUUCAUCGAUGUUAAUGAGGCCAGCGGUGCCUUUAGAGCGG